AUGAAAAUUAAAGACAAGUAUGUGGAAGAUGGAAAUUCGAGUGAUAUGAACUCUUUCAGUGUUUCAGAAAAGAUUGGGUUUGCCUCACCUACUACCACAACCUUUCAGAUAAGUGAGCCUCGGAGCCAGAAAAAGGCGUCCACAUGCUGUGUUCAGACAGCCCUCAGCACCUACCUGCUACUGCUGACGGCCGGCCAGGGGCUGCUGAUGUACAAAGUAUUUAAGAUGCAGAGAGAGAUAUUGAAACUUCAAGAGCAAAAUGCCUCCUAUACAGAAGAGAUUCUGCAGAGCUCCUUUGCCAACAAUCUGGCCUUGUCAAGAAGCUCUCCUGGGAAGAGCUUUCUCAUGGGACAUGAGGAAAACUGGAGGAGAAGCUUAGAAAAGGAAAUCACCAUAAUUAAAAGCAACAAUGCAAACCUGAUGAUGAGAAUGAACAACAUCACCCUGCUUGCAGGGCCUCCUGGACGCAAAGGAGAUCCUGGUCUGCCAGGAUUACAGGGACCACCAGGGACAAAGGGAGACCAAGGUAUUGCAGGUGUACAUGGACCCAAGGGUGAGAAGGGGAGCAAAGGAGCUUCUGGUCCUGCUGGGCCAAGUGGUGUUCCAGGAGUAAGAGGAGAAAAAGGAGAGAUUGGGCUUGCAGGUCCCCAAGGACAGAAAGGUGACAUGGGCAAGAAGGGAGACCCUGGGCCCCAGGGACCUGUGGGUCCUAAGGGAGUGCUUGGGUUCCCAGGAAUGCCAGGUUCUGAAGGUAGCCCGGGGAAGCCUGGACCUCCUGGACCAAAAGGAGAGGCAGGUGCAACUGGACAACGUGGACCUCCUGGAAGUCCUGGCCUUGAUGGCAGACCUGGUCAGAAAGGGGAGAAGGGGGAGCAGGGUCCCAAAGGUAGCCCAGGAGCACAAGGCAUUGCUGGACCCAAAGGUGAACAGGGACAGCAAGGAAUAGCAGGACCUCCAGGGCAAAUGGGAGCAAAGGGAGACAAGGGCCUACCAGGCAUCCCAGGCCCAGCUGGUCAAAAAGGAACCAAGGGGGAUUAUGGCACUCGGGGUCUGAAGGGAGAGCCAGGACUAAAAGGAGCCAAGGGAGACACUGGAUUUUCUGGUUCCUCAGGAGCAAAAGGGAGCAAAGGUGAAAAAGGAGAAGCUGGCCUCAAUAAUUUUGUACGAAUCGUGGGAGGAGACAGGAGGGGCCGAGUGGAAAUCUUCCACCAAGGGUCCUGGGGAACAAUAUGUGACGAUGGCUGGACCACCCGAGAGGCCACCGUAGUCUGCCGAAUGUUGGGAUUCAACCGUGCGGUCUCUUCCUUCACAGCCACACCAGGUACUGGACAAAUUUGGCUUGAUGACGUAAAUUGCCAGGGGAGUGAAAUUACAAUUACGGACUGUAGCAAGCGUGACUGGGGUUCACAUAACUGCAACCACAGAGAGGAUGCCGGGGUGGAGUGUGCUUGA